CCGUAACCUGGGAGGCAAGCUUGGCACUGCCAUCACAGAGAUCCUGGGAAUAGAGUACAUCGGAGAGCUGACACAGUUCAGUGAGACAGAGCUCCAGACUCACUUUGGAGACAAAACUGGGUCCUGGCUCUAUGACUUGUGCAGAGGGAUUGAAGAUGAGCCUGUCAAAAACCGGUACCUGCCCCAGUCCAUUGGCUGCAGCAAGAACUUCCCUGGGAGGACAGCCCUGGCCACGCAGAAGGAGGUGCAACACUGGCUCCUGCAGCUGGCCUUGGAGCUGGAAUCCAGACUGAUCAAGGACAGGAGCCAGAACCACCGGGUGGCCAAGCAGCUGAUGGUGGUCAUCCGCAUGCAGGGGGACACCCGGGUGUCGCGCUUUUGCGCUCUGUCCCGCUACGACGCCCAGAAGAUGUGCAGCGAUGCCUUUGCCCUCAUCCAAAGCUGCAACGUGGCUGGGGCUCAGCAGGCGGCCUGGUCUCCACCUCUCAUAUCAGUGCUUCUCUCGGCCAACAAGUUCUCAGAGCCUGCCACGCUCCUCUCUGCGGGCAUCGCCACCUUCCUGACGAGCGAUACCCAGCCUGAUGGCACUGCCACCACCAGCCAAAACACCCCAUCUUCUGGGAGGCCCAGGGUCAAGUUCUUCAGGAGCCCAAGCAAAGAGCUCAGGCAGAAGCCAGCUCAUGCCAUCGAGUCCUUCUUCCAAAAGGCGGCAGAGAGGCAGCAGUCACAGGUGGCAGCAGCAACUGGCCAGCCCGCUGCAGAGCCGCCUGUGCCCAGCUCCCCGGAGCACCGCGAGGAAGGUGGCGGUGGACUUGCCUCUCCGCAGCGUCACCUGGAGUCCCCCGUGAAGCGCAGUCCCAGGGACGGGAGCCCAACUUCUCCUUACAAGAGGCUUCCUGGUGAGAAGGCGCUGUCUGACGCCACGCAGCCACCCUCGACUCCACCCAGCGCCAGGACCCUUCCGAAAUUCAAGCCAGCGACGGAGGGAAACGAGCAGAACUUGCCACCCUCUCCCGAGCUCGCCCCGCUCCCUCCUGCCUCGCCAGGGGACCAGCAGCACUGCGAGAAGUGCGGCCAGCUCGUGCUGGUGUGGGAGUUCCCUGAGCACAUGGACUACCACUUCGCUCUGGAGCUGCAGAGCUCCUUCCUGGAGCCCAGCGCUCCCACGGCUCCAGCAGCAGCUCCCAGCCCAAAGGCUGCAGCUUCCAGGUCUCCUUCCAGGGCAAAGAACAAGCCCAAGACUCCAGCAGGAUCUAGUGCAAAACGACCCAGAGAAGGGGUGACAAGAACUUUAGAUUUUUUCUUUAAGCGCUUACCUCCGUAA